AUGGUCAUACAUCCAUCAGUGUUGGUUUUAACAGCUUGCUGUGUUUGUAACAACCAAUUGAGUGAGAGGGGAGUUGAGGGUGGGAGCUUCACCUCGGCCUUGGUGGCCAUUUUGGCUCAAGGCUGGGGUGUUUUCAUUUCAAUGGGCCCAGGGCUAGGUGGGGAAGGCAGCGACGCAGCACCUGGUCCCUUCGGUCAACCGACCGAGGAUCCGGGUGUGGACCUCCUCCUGUGGGUGCUGGUUAGCACUUACGGGCUGGGGGUCCUGUGUGGCUGGUUCCUCCGUACCUUUUGGGUCCGGUUUGGGAUCGGAAAUGCCCGAGCCGCAACCUCUCGCGUUGUGGGCCCUUGGGAAGUGCUUACAUCCCGGGCUUUGCGCUUUGUGCGCCGUCGACGAGCGAUCAGCUUGGCCUUCUCCAACCUCAGGGAAAGCUCCUUGCGCCAAUCGGUGCAGAGCCGACCCAAUCUGAGGAGGAGAGCCACAUUGGCUGGUUCCGCAACACCAAGGAGCUCUACGAGUUCGGAGCUCAACAACAUGGAGACCAUUGACGACGUGGCAGACUGGGCCGGUCUUGAGGGCCCUUUGAAAGAGGGUCUCCUCAAAGAUCUCGGCACCCCGACGAAACUCAGGGACAUUGCAUCCAUCACACGCCCGGUGUGGGACGCAGCACUUGUCCUCCUGAGGGUACCGACAGCACCAGCCAAUCCAGGCGACCCACCAGGUCAACGUGAGCCCACACCAGUGGAGGGCUCGAGGCUGGAAAUCUUUCGACGGGUGGUGAUGCUCCGGAUGCAGAUGACGCCCGACACACCGGGGGAUCCGGGUAUACAACGCCCUGGGGUUGCUACAACUCCGGCACAGCCCCCGUCCAGUUCACAAGGUUCCCCAACAAGGAAGAUCAAACUGUCAGUGGUCAUUGACCCAACUCUGGACUCAGAGGUGGUCCAGUUGGAACAGACCGCUGUCAGUGCAAUGUACGCCAAGUACAAAAGCAGGUUCGGUGAUCACCCAUCGCCGGAGGUUGAGCCGAGCAUCGACCAAUUGUCGGCUUUGGCACAACUGUUGAAGGCGAACGCCACGCCAUACGCGGACAUGUCACUGUGGGGUCCACACGGGCUCAGAACGCUGCGUAAAGCGGUGUUCAAGAGCUACGUGUUGAAUGCGGCAUCGGGGGAAUGGAGCAAGAAAGAAGCCCCUGGCCCAGAGAGCAUCGUCGCCUGGGAAAAGUGUUUCAAAACAUACAAGGUGGCGAUGGUGCUCUUGGAGGCUGCGGACCCCGAGAGGCUCGAGGCCUACAUGGAACACGUCAAGGAGUUCCACAAUCGCUUCGGGCCAGCAUGCUGGGGGAUCAUAUACCGUGCAGACACCCGCAUGCGGUCCGAGUACAUGGAGAGAAUCCGGCGGGCGCUGGACGACGACCCACGGCAUGGGUAUACACCCGCCAACCCUUGGGCUGCCAUCUUCGCGGAAGCGGUCCGGGAGCAAGAUUUCUGGACAAGGGAAGUGGUGACCCCAAGCACACUGCUCUUGGCCCGCAACAAGUCCAUAGCCUGUGGGCUGAGCUCGGACUCCUCGAUCGAGUCGGCCCCAGAGCGGCCAUCGCCAAAGAGGAAGAAGUCCUCGAGCCCGAAGCUCAAGAAGAAGAAGGCAAAGAAGAAGUACACGGGGGAAGACAAGAGCAAGUGGGACGACAACAACAAGGUCUUCUCCCUCAACCGCAAGGGCCUUCAGAUUUGCAUCAAGUUCAACAAGGGGCAGUGCGGCAAUGGCAAGCCACAGUCAAGCGAGGGUGAGGCAGCACCUCCUACCCUUGCCGGUGACACUGCAUCUGGUGCAAAGCGCUCCAAGCGCAAGAAACAGCCUGAGUCGGAUCCCAGCGCACCGCCCGAAAAGAAAGGGCGCAAAGAAGAAAGCCCCGAGGAGAGGGCUGCGGCAUCCUCUUCAGGGGUGAAGCUGGUUCCAAGAAACCAGAGACCGUCCAGGUCACCACUGCAAAGAAAGCGAAGGCCAGUGCAGGCCGCACCGCAUCGGCAGGGGCCAAGCCAGCUGCCCAAGCCGCCAAGCUGGCACCCGUACCGGUACGGGGCGACAAACGUCCCGCCAGAACAGUGGGACCACAGGCCCAGGGCACUGCUGCUGUUCAGCGGCAAGUCCAGGGAAGGCGACAUCGCCAGCUAUCUUGCCGCAGGAGGAUGGAUAGUGGUGGUCGUCGACAUUGUGGGCCCCACCACAUGCGAUGUUCUGGACUCCGAAAAUUACAGGCUCAUUCUGAAAGAAGUUCAGGAUGGUGUAUUCGACUGCGUGGGUAUUGCCACGCCUUGCGAGACGCUGUCACCCCUCAGGGAGAAUCCCCCAGGCCCCAAGCCAUUGAGGGACCUGGCUCAUCCUGAGGGUCUCGGCCGUAAGAAGCUCUCAAAGGCCGAGCAACAGCAGCUCGCUCAAGCAAAUCAGAUGUUCGAGCUGUCUGCGGAGGCGGUCAAGUAUCAGCUCAGGGCUCAUCGGUCGUUCUGGCUGGAGAAUCCUGACCAUGGAUCCAAACUUGACUUCUGGAAAACGAAGUGGGGCAUCGGCAUCGAGAAGCACGCACUGGUGCUCAAGGCGGCCUUCGACCAAUGUAUGUUCGAUGCAGAGGUCACCAAACCGACCAAGCUGGCACACUUCGACAUGGACCUCACCGAGUUGAGAGGCAUCAGGUGCACACAUCAAAACCGCACCUGGACCAAGCCUGACGGCUCAGAGUACAAGGCCAAGCACGAAAGCCUUGUGCAGAGGUGGCGCACCAACGAGGGGGGCAACAAAGAAAGGGCGUCCAAGGCAUUGGGAGCAUACCCACCGAGCUCCCCUGAAAGGGGGGCGCUGAAGGUCCAGCCGGGCCGCAUCUGGAAGACGCAAGGCGGCGAGGCCAUAAAUGAGCUCCUCCUGAACGCAGCCACCCAUCCAGAAGCAGUGCGCAUUACAAAGGCACUUCUGGGGGGGCAGAAAACCGUGCCCCUCGACAAAGCGUUCGUCGAGAAACUCAGAGAGCUGGUGGUGGGCUUGCUGGCCCCGGCCGGCGUCCAACUACCCCAGAAGAGCACGAGGGCGUCAACGCCUAUCUCGGCGGAAGUGCUUUGGGCCUGGGGUGAAUUCACAGAGGACCCCGACGCCAAGCUGCUGGCCACCUGGCUGAGAGAAGGAGGCCCACUGGGCUAUUCACAACCGAUACCCUGCACAGGGGUAUUUCCCAGGGUCACAGGACCACAUUGGGAAGAGGAAGCGGCGAGUCAGCUGGCCAGGCAAUACGAGGGAUGGAAGAAUCACCCAUCAGCUGACGAAUGGCAGGAAGACCUCGCCAUACUAGUUGCAGAGGCUCAAGCAAAAGGCUUCAUCUCCCUGUUCGACACCAUGGAGGAGGCCACAACGUACCUCGGCCGUUGGCCGGUACUCAAUAAGCUUGGCCUUAUCGUGAAAGUGAAGGGUGACAAGAGAAAGGCCCGACUCAUUUGGGACCUACGUGAAUCAGGGGUAAACGGACUGUGCUCUCAGGGCGAGAGAAUCAUACUGCCCAGGCUAACCGACGCAGCGGCAGAUGCAGUCGCUAUCCUCAGGGCCGGGGGCACACCAGUAUUCUUCGCGAUAGACAUUGAGAACGCGUUCCACAAUGUUCCGGCAGGGGAGGACAAAGCGUUCACGGCAGCUGCCAUUGAAGUGAACGGCCAACAGAAAGUACUGGUGUAUGACGUGCUCGUUUUCGGAGCAGUCUCGUCACCGACUCUCUGGGGACGCUUCGCCUCGUGGCUGGGCAGAACGUUGGCGGCCGUCAACCCGGCAGUGGCAUGCCAGAUCUAUGUCGACGACCCCAUCAUGGUCUUCGACUCCAGCGACCCGAAGGGGGACAAACAAAUCACGGUCAGCAUCCUCUGGGCGGCCGUGGCGGGUUUCCCAAUCAAAAUGGAGAAGACAGAGUCAGGUCAUUCAGUGAAAUGGAUCGGCGCAGAAAUGCGCAUAUUACAGGAGGACAGGGCGGUUUCCAUAACCAUUCCAGCCGACAAGGUCUCGGAGGUUGUGGAACGCAUCACGAAAAUUAUGGCGAGCAUCUGGGCGGUGUUGGCGACUGAUGAUGGCCCUUCCAGGGCCAGAAAGCUCGUUCACACCAAACGGAUUGCCCACUCCAUGGAAUGGAUCCUCGCGCUAUUGGAAGAAUCGACUGUACCAUUCACUCGAGUGGUGAGGUCAGUCAAACCUAACUCAGGUGCCAUAAUCAUAACCGAUGCCUCGACUUGGGGCAUGGGCGGAGUGCUACUCAUGGGAGGGGCGGCCAUCGAGUAUUUCAGCUGCCCCAUUCCCUUUCAGUUCACAGUGAAGACAGGAGCCAUUCCCGGAAUACCAAAACACAUGGCACUCUGGGAGGCUCUCUGCCUGCUCUUGGCGGCUCGCAUCUGGUUAGUGCGGUUCCCCAUUGGCUCAGUGGUCCGUGUAAAAGCGGACAACAUAUCGGCCCUUUACCUACUCGCGAAGGGUAAGGCCAAAUCACCCGAACUGCAGGUGGUUGCCAGGGAAAUAGCACUCGACCAGGCCAAGGAGAGAUAUGAGGUCACUAUACUCCAGCACAUCAACACCAAGCUCAACAUCACAGCCGACCCGUUGAGCAGGCAACACGACCCAGUGCCGCCUCCUUUUCCUCAAGAUCGCCUUGGGGAAGCCAAACGGAUUCCCAUCGAGGUAGGUCCCGACUUUUGGCAAAUCCGUGAACUCGGACGCGGAAAAAGUGCGGCGGUUUACCUGAGGCCAGCUACUGCUCACGACGAGCCCAAGAAGCCUAAAGGGUUCAGGCCCUUGGCAGAAGGGCCAGUCAUUUCGUCUCGUGCCCCCGUUGCCAAUGGUAUUGACAACAAGGCGGGAAAUCCCGAGGACCGCCAAGUUAAACCAUAUGGCAGGGGAUCCCUGGAGCUAGCUGUUCAGGCAGCCAGCUCCGGACCCCGGGAGUGCAUGGAGCACAUUGCCAAGCGGGCCCGUGCGGCUAACUCCCAUGGACCAACAUUGUCUAGGGAGCGCACCUGGGAAUCCGUAGCAAAGGCAGCCGGGUACGAUCGCGCUUUUGAUCUCGUCCCCGACCUGAUAUAUUCUGUCAUGGGGGCCCUGGACAAAGCAGGGUACAGGUCAGCCGAACUGUACCUCGAAGUCGCGAAGCAAAGGCACAUCGAAAAAGGGCAACCCUGGACGGCACAGCUAGCGCUAGCGGCUAAAUGCGCCAAGCGUGCGUGCCAGCGGGGCAGAGGGCCAGCGAAGCAAGCUCAACCCUUGCCCUUGGCCGAUGUUUCCACUCUCACCGACGUAAGCAACCCGCUUGCGCCAGGGGGCCCGGAAUGGGCCGUCCGGUCAACGGUGCUUGCGUCCUGGUGGUUGUUGAGGGAAAUUGAAGCCAGCAACACGCUGCUAGCGCACGUGCAAGUGGAUCCUAGAGAAAAGUUAAUAAAAUGGAAUUUGCCGUCCAGUAAAGCAGACUGGCGCGCGUUGGGCGCCACUCGCACCCACACAUGCUCCUGCGCGGAGCAAGGAAGCCCAGCACUCUGUCCAUACCAUCUCAUGGUGGAACAAGUGAAAUGGGCCAAAGCAAAAAGGCAUUCGUUCCUCUUCUGUACAGAAACCGGCGCUCAGACGACCAAGUCAGGCUGGGCCGGCACUUUUGAGGCGAUUGCCCAAAAGCUGAAGCUGAAAUUGGCAAAGUACACUUGGCGGCACGCCACGGAAACACUUUGCCACAUUACCUGUGGCGUACAAAGUGCUUUUGGCAUUUUGCCCGUGGCCAAGCCGACUAUGCCCUUCUCAAAGAAGAGCCUAACGGAGCAAAAUGCUCUAAAUGUUUCAAGCUCCCUGCAAAUAACGAAAGCGACGGGAGCUCUUCUUCCUCUUCCCGGUCGCAGUCGUCAGAGUCGUAAUGCGCUGCGCAGGUGGGACAUGGUUGGCAUUUGA